CCAUCUGGUCACUCUGACUGGCUCUCCAUUUUGUUUUCCACGGCGGAACCUUUUUUGCUACAUCAGAUUGCAUUUUUACACCACUUACUCGAGCGUUUGUUUAAGUCUAAGUGUUUUAAAGUAACCAACAAACAAUGGGCCGCAAGAAGAAGAAGGCCUCCAAACCCUGGUGCUGGUACUGCAACCGAGAGUUCGACGAUGAGAAGAUCCUGGUGCAGCACCAGAAGGCCAAGCACUUUAAGUGCCACAUCUGCCACAAGAAGUUGUACACCGGACCGGGGCUCUCCAUCCAUUGUAUGCAGGUGCACAAGGAGACGGUUGACAAGGUGCCCAACUCGCUGCCCAAUCGCUCAAACAUAGAAAUCGAAAUCUUCGGCAUGGACGGCAUUCCCGCCGAAGAUCUCAGGGAUCACGAGCGCCAAAAGAAUGGCGGCAAGUCGGAUUCGGACGACGAUGAGCCGGUGGCCAAAAAGAAAGUGGAAUAUGCCAUGAGCGUACCGCCGCCCAUGAUGAUGCCCCCAAACAUGAUGCCGCCACACAUGCUGGGCCAAUAUGGCAUGGGCAUGAUGCAGCACAUGCCGCCGUUGCCUCCGUAUCCAGUGCCCAUGAUGCCGCACAUGAUGCCGCCGCGACCCCUCUUCCCAGCCGCCAUGGCUACCACCUCGGCGGCAGCUGCUGCGGCUGCGGCCCAUCAUCACCACGCCGCCGCCAUGGCCCAGCAAAAGCCAACAUUUCCAGCGUACAGUAAUGCUACCAUAAGUGCUCCGCCCACCACCAAUCAUGCUGGUGGCGCAACCAGCGCACCACCAAGUGGUCCGCCCGAUGGCCAGCAACAUCAGCAGCGACCACCCGUUCCGCCAGCGGCAGGCGGCGCUGCCACCGCUGCUGUGACCACCAAGAUCAUGCACCCGCAGGAGGACAUAAGCCUGGAGGAGUUGCGUGCCCGGCAACCGAAGAUACAGGCGCGUCUGGCGGCCGCUAUGGCUGCUCUGGCGAAUCCACAAAACCGCAAGAGUCCCAGCAACAAUGGCGGUGCCCUGGCGUCGAUGCCCGCUACCCCGCCGCCACCGUCGCUGGCCGGGAUCUCGCCCACGGGCAGCAACAGCAGCAGUGGCAUGGCUAACGCGAUUGCCGUCUCCACAGCCAUGUCGAAGGCCCAGGAAACCGCCGCUCUAGUAGCCGUGGCACAGGCUCAGGCUCAGGCGCACGUCCAUGCUGCCCAAGCCCAGGCUCAAGCGCAGGCUCAGGCCCAGGCUCAGGCCGUGGUCCAGGCCCAGGUGCAGGCCGCCCAUGUGGCCCACGCUGUGGCAGCCCAGCAGCAGGCGGUGCACCAGCACCAGCAGCAACAGCAGCAGCAGCAAGCGGCGCAGCAGCAACAGCAGACGGUGGCGCAGCAGCAGCAACAGCAACAGGCCGUGGCGCAGCAGCAUCAUGCGGCUCAGCAGCAGCAGGUCAAGCAACUGGAGGAACUGAAUCGGGCUGUGAUGCUCCAGCGCUUUCAGGCUGCCCGGCAGCCGGCAAAUCCUGGCGCUGCAGCAGCGGCUGCGGCGGCCGCAGCCGUCGGCAUGAUGCCGAUACCUGGCCACAUGCAGCUGAUGCAGCCGAUGCUGAGACCGGCCAUGGCCAUCGGUCCCCAUGGAGCUCUGAUCGGCGGGAAUAUGCUAAGAGCAGCCGGUGGACCCGGGUUCAAUGGAAUGCCAGCAGGCCUGCUGCCCAUGCAGAUAGGACUGCCGGGAAUGCCGGGUGCCUUGCCCGCUGGAGCGAUGGCGAUGCCGGGAAUGGGCGUGAUGCUGCAGGGACAUCCGAACAUGCUCCAGAUGAUGCAGCCGCGCUUCAGAUGAUGUCUGCCCGCUGCGCCGGGUCUGUUGCAGGCGCCAGCAGGCCAGCCGCCAGCGCACCUGCAACCGCAGCCGCAUCCUGCACGUCCCUUCUCCAGGACGACGGCCGCUCUGCAGGCUCACGCUCAGCCACCGCUGUUGAGCCUGCCGCUGCCACUGCUUUUCCACGAGUGAGGCAAGAGGAUGAUCAUGCUUAUAGUUGCAAACAGCAAGCAGCGCGCGCACUCAGCAAGCAAGUUGUUUUGAAAACUCCAACCAAAGUCAGUUCUUUUUCAAUGUAUAACAGUUUUUGAGACACAACACACACCCCACACACACACCCACUUCUUGGCCCCACGCUACCCACUAAUCAGCGGUUAUGCCUAGUAAACCAGUCGAUGUCAUCUAUAUAUAUAUAUAUACCUUUCGUUCAUCUAAAGCACUCCAUUCUAGCUUUUGUUCCAAUCCAAAUUGUUUAAUUUCCCCAAUCCGAACUUCUCGAUGUGCGUGCAUAAAUACAUCUUUUAGAUAUAUAUUAUUCGUGCUCUCUCUGUAUAACACAAUGUACCACACACACACACACACUAACACUAAACAUCUGAAGCUACUUUGCUGUGCUGUAGAUCUCUAUCUUUUAUCUGUAUCUAUAUCUGUAUAAUCAACAAAUUAAUCGUUGACAUUAUCUAUACAAAAUGUUGUUUUUUUAACAUUCUCUUUCUUUUUUUUUAGUUUCAUUUAGUGAGCAUAUAUUUUAAACACAUCCACCUACACUCACACACUCAAGUUGUUUAAUUAUAUCUCCUCCAAAACAAAUGAAAACCGAAAAGAAAAAUCCGAAAAUCUUCGAAAUCACACAAAAGCCAAAAAACCAAAAAAACCUGAACGCUCAAAGCUCUGGGUAUGUUGACAAUUGCCAUAAGCAGCAUUUUUGUGUUGUUUUUGUGUUAUUCGUGCGUAAUUUAUACUUUCGAUUUUUUCUGUCCAUGUGAAAUGCUCUGCAAACUGUUACAAUGUUAUACAAUUCAUACAACUACUUCCGUUCAGGCCCCAUGUUGUCUAUACCUUCGUUCAUUCGUUCAGUUGCGGCUGACAAAAAGUAAGUCCUAUCUUUCUUUACAUAGUAUAUUUAACUAUAUACAUACAAAACAUAUUUAUAAAAAAUAUUCAACAUUUCUUUGUAUCGUUUCUGUUCUUUUGGUAUGUAAUAUAUAUAUAUAUUUGGUGUGUGUCGUCGCGAGACAACAGAUCAGAGCAGGUAUCUACCUUCAAUUUGUUUUUCUUUUUUAAUAAUUAUAUAUGCAUA